GUUUUUGAGAGAUGUUAAGAUAAGUGGCUGUAUAUAACAACUGGUCAUCCUCUCAAUCAGCACCUCCUCACAGGGUCAGCUGAAUCUACAGACACUGCGAAGAGAAGACAAGAAGAAGAUUAGAAAGUGCUGCAGCAGUCACCGUCACCAUGAAGAUGCUGACUGUGUCUGCACUUGUUUGUGCCAUGGUGGUUCUGACCAGAGCUGCUGCUCCUCCAGAGGAAACACCCCAAAGUGGCCAAAAAGAGAGUCACCUGGUCAAGAGGUGGAUCGUGGUAAGAAGAGUCUGUCCCUGGGGCUGGUCUUUGUUAGGUGGUCGCUGUUACCGCUACAUUCCAACACUUAUGACCUGGGCUAGAGCUGAGAGAUACUGUCAGGCCCUGGGUGGAAACCUUGCGUCUGUUCACAACUACCGGCAGUACUAUUGGAUGCAGAGGCUGAUUCUCAGUGCCACUCAUUCGUAUAGACAGGCAUGGAUUGGAGGCUCUGAUGCACAACAGGAGCAUUACUGGCUCUGGAGUGAUGGCACAUCUUUCAACUACCGGAGAUGGUGUAGUGGAGAGCCUAAUAACCAUGGCGGCAAUCAGCAUUGUCUGCAGAUGAAUCAUGCAGCUGGGAGGUGCUGGGAUGACCGUCAGUGCUUCCACCGGUUACCGUCUGUCUGCGCCAGGAAGAGAAGAUGAUUCCAGGUCUGACACAGAGACAUGAAGAACCCAUUAAAAGCACAAACACUUGUGUUGUGUGCAUGCUUUCAUAUACAUCUUUCUUUACACCCUCAGUCUCACAUGUGAGCUGAGUUUGUCUUUGCUAUCGCUGUAACGCUACUGAAGGAAUGAAGUGACAAGUGACAUAAACAGGAGCUGGAUUGUCUCUGAGGCCUUGUGCCUUUAAUGAGAGCAGACUGAAUGUAUUAUGAAAAGAAUGCUUUUAGCACUCCUUCACAUAUAUUCUGCAAAGUAAACUCUUCUUUCUUGUCUUAUGCAAAAUUAAAGGCUCAAGCAUCAAAACAAA